UAAUACCAUACAAGCUAGAGAUGAUGUAAUGAGGUGCGUAAAGUAGUAGAAUGACGACAUUUCCUGCUGAUGAAUGCGUUGUAGUAAACAAAAGGACUCUAACAAAGGAGCGUACGUGUUUCAUGCCUCUAUCUGACUGCCACAACCACCAGCACACCAAGCCAGACCAGCUGAGGGAAAGCGUCACGCCACACUCGGUCAUACACGUCACUCCGUCACGGACCGGGGAACAAAGGCGUUAAUUUAACUUGGUAAGGAAGUCUUAUUUAUAUUAUCUUAAUCCCACAGAUAAUUCCUAAUGUAUCUGGUGACUUAAAGGGUUUGUAUCCUGUACUGCUGUGUUUUCUUUUUGUGAAAUACUGUGCUGCUACAAGGAGUUCCCACACCAAGGGCAAGUUCGGAAAUGUUAUCAAAGGAGUAUCGUACUACAAACAAAGUGAAGGAAGAUAGAUUAUUACUGUAGGAGGAGCCCGAAAAAGAAAAUAAACAAUAAUCACUAAAUGAUGAACGUGGAUGAUAAGAAAGCUGAAGUGUUACACACAUAUAGGUGCUAUGCAUCAGUUUAAGCUGAUGAGAAAAUCUAUGGAAGCUUGAAGUGCCUUACAACAUGUUGUGGUAAUUGAUAAGAAACGAAAAGAAACAGUAGAAAGAAAGGAAGAAAAAGUAAAAGAAAACAAUGAAAGUCACAAAAACAAGGCAGAUGGAUGCAUGACAGGCAGAGCUGAUGGCAAAACCUAUAAGAACUUGGUGAUUAAGACAUUCUAUGUUGAAAAAAAAAAAAGAGUUGUAUUAGAAAAAUAAGCAAUGAAGUGAAACAAAGUAAUAAAAGUCACAAGAGCAAAGAGAGAAUUUACAGAAUGGAGAAUGUCAAAGGAAAUGAAGGAGAGGCAGUGGAGGGACAAGUGCAGCAGGCUUCACAGAAUACAAGAAGCAAUGGUGAAGAGAACCAUUUGGACUCUGGUGGCACCACAAAUGGGGCCACUGAGGAAGUGGAUGCUGGGGGACAAGGAACAACAUCUGGAGAACCAGGGCUGGUCUCUAAUUUGGCAAGAAUGUCAACAGCUGCUGAAUCUUUCCGGUAUGCAACGUCUCACAAGAAGCGUGGUCACUGUGUUAUCUUUAAUCAUCGCUACUUUGACCGUGUAACAGGUCUUGGGGAGCGCAAUGGAACAGACCGAGACAGAGACCAGGUGAAGAUGUUGUUUUCUCAACUGGAAUUUGAUGUGAAGGUGUAUGACAACUUGACUGUUAAGGAAAUUCAGGAAAUUCUUCAAGAUUUGGCAUUUGGCACAGAUCACAGUGAGUGUGAUAUGCUGAUUGUGAUCUUUAUGUCUCAUGGAGAGCAAGAUGUGCUUUGGGGCAGAGAUACACACUUCAAACCUGAUAUAUUGUUUGAUAACUUCCAAGCAGAUCAAUGCAAGUCUCUUGCUGGAAAACCAAAAUUAUUUUUCAUACAGGCAUGUCGAGGGGAGGGCCUUGACUCUGGUGUUAAUCUGGUUCGCACCCGUCAUAUUGAUGAAAUAGACUCAGGACGAUUAGCUUACAAGAUUCCCACAACUGCUGACUUCUUGAUCUGUUGGUCCACAGUGCCAGGUCAUUAUUCUUGGCGUAAUACCACCAAUGGUUCUUGGUUCAUGCAGUCCCUAGUGCAUGUGUUGAGUAAGGAGGUAGCACAUGAGGACCUUCUCUCCAUAAUGACCAAUGUCAACAGACACAUGAUCCUGAACUUUGAAUCCAAUACCCCUUCCCAGCAACACAUGCAUGGAAAGAAGCAGUCAGCAAGCAUCGUGUCCACUUUGAUGCGGAAGGUUUUCCUGUCCCCAAAGUAUUGACAUGAGUGCAAGGAGAGUAAAAGUCACAACUUGGAUGUCAAUGUUUCAUCCAACAUCUCAGGACACCCAUCAAUAAAUGUUGAUGAAAUUCAAGACUUACAUGAGCAAUCAAAAUGCAAGUCCUCCACAUUUUUGUGUUGGCCCAAAAAACACAAAAAGAAAGAAGAAAAAUUCUUGUCGAAAACAAAAAAGAAGCAACAAUUUUGGAACUUUAGUAGUGUACAUUAACUUUGUGAUUACCGAGUACAAUUGUUAGAUUACUCAGCCUGAUAUACACAAUAGCUAAAAAGAUGAUUUAUUAGUCUUUAGAGUGUAUUUCUUGUGUGUAAUAGAAAAAAUAAUUAAAAAGCUAACUGUUAAGUUCACUAAUAUGCAAAAUGGCUCAAUAUCUUAAUGUAUAUCAUACAGAUCAUGAGCUGUUAUUUUUCAUUGCCUGUAAGUGGUUGCCUUGUGAGUUAUAGCUAAUUUACUGCCUGAUGUGAACACUAGAGCCACUGAGAUUUGACUUUUUUGUUGAGAGCUUUUACCUCCUUGAUGAUGUGAAGAGUAUAACUUUGAUUUGAUAUUGAGUAACAGUCUUAAGAAGGGAAGUUGAUAUUAGGGAAUGUAAUGAACAUGUCAUCAUAGGCAUAUAAAACACAGGUGCCUUAAAGUUCAAUUUCCUCAUUUGGUGUCUUUGUACAAGUUUUGCACAAAAAGUUUCAAGUCUUUCAUAAGAGCUUUCAGACAUCAGUGGCUGGUCCCCUGUUUUUCGACCAACAUGUUGUUGUGAUACUAUGUCUUUCAAGUAGAAACUGAUGGCACUCUUUGGACAAUAUUUCAAACUUUUUUUUUUUUUUCUUCUCAAUUUGAGAUAAUUAUAAGACAUCUUUAGUAAUUAUUUCUAUAAUUGAGGCAAUGUGUGUUAAGUUGGCAUUAUUUUCUAUGACAAUUAUUAAUUUAUGGUUAUUUUUUGUUUUUAAGUGAUUUCAGAGUAUGAAAGAGUUAAUUUGUGAAUUUCUUUCUCUAUUGACUAUGAAGUAUUUUUGUACAAAAAUGUAAGCUCACUAAUCAUUUACCUCCUUUAUCUGUCAUCAUCAUCAUCACUUUCAUUAUUAUAUCAUUUUCAUAACCUCAUAUUUUCCAUAUCCUAACUUUAGUUGCAAUACACUGGCACUAAGAGUUUCUCCUCUAUCACAAAACCUCUGAUGAACCCAUUGGUCUACAAAAUUUUUUUCAAGUUCCAGCCCUUAGUUGGAUACUUGAUGCUACAAAUCUCUCUCUCUCUCUCUCUCUCUCUCUCUCUCUCUCUCUCUCUCUCUCUCUCUCUCUCUCUCUCUCUCUCUCUCUCUCUCUCUCUCUCUCUCUCUCUCUCUCUCUCUCUCUCUCUCUCUCUCUCUCUCUCUCUCUCUCUCUCUCUCUCUCUCUCUCUCUGCAGCUGUAUCCGUGCCACACCAGCCUUUCUUGUCAGCCUUGUUUGCUAAAAUUAUUAUUAACAAGUUUGUGAUGGCCAUUCUCUCCUCAUGACUGUCCAUAUCCUCCUAGCACACUUUAUCUUGCAAUUGUGAAGUGCUUAGUGCUGCUGAAAAACUAGGUCAGGUUUAAUGAAGGAUGCCAGAAUGUUGUUUGAGGUGAACAAUUGAAAGGAUCAGCAUUUAAUGAGACCUGUCCAUGUCAGUUUGGUAUAUGAAUGCUAUAGAGACAAACAAAAAUACAGAUUAUACAUAAUUUCAGAUAGUAACAGACUUGAAAUAAAGACAGGAUAAUGCUUAAGAUUUCCAGGUAUUAAAGAUAAGGAAAGCUUAGCUCAACUAUAAAAGUAAUGCCUGGGAUGGAUAAGGAAGAGAGUGGUUGAUUGAAUAUAGACAUUGAUGUGCUCUUGAAUAUGAAUAGCAAUACACUUGUGCACUGUCAUGGAGGGAAAAAGAGGACAUUACAUGACUGUCAAUUGCACUUGCCUUGUACUGACUGGAAAUCAAGGUACAAUGAAUGAUUUGUGUAUAAUGUUGAGUGAUGUACAUGUAAGUCAUUCCAGCAGUCCCCAAUGGUCUCUGGAAUUCUGAAUGAAGUGUAGUUAGCUCUUUGUAGGUUAACUACAUGCACCAGCAAAUACAUGCUCAAGUUAAUGACUGAGCUGGAUUUAAAUAACUUAAAUCCAUGUUUUGUGUCAAUUCCACAGAUAAGGAAAUGUAUUUAUUGUGUAGCAGGUGUGUGUGUGUAAUGAUUUGUCAUUUAGCUUGGAUAGCUGUAUGCCCCAUUAAUGAUUAAAUAAGACUAGACUCAUGUGAAGUGUAAUAGUGGAAUGUAAUUGAAGCCAUUUGUAUCUGAAUACUAAUUACAGUAAAAACUUUUUAUACCAAGCAUUUUUUAGAGAAAUGUUUCUUACUUUAGGCUUUUUGCAUGCCACUAUACACUUCAUGGGUCAGCUGUUGCUAUGUCUACGUAAUAUAAUCAUGCCUUUGGAUUUUAAAAUCCAGUGUUAGAAAUUUGAUUUAAUUGCAACUCUCUCUCUCUCUCUCUCUCUCUCUCUCUCUCUCUCUCUCUCUCUCUCUCUCUCUCUCUCUCUCUCUCUCUCUCUCUCUCUCUCUCUCUCUCUCUCUCUCUCUCUCUCUCUCUUUACAUAAACUGAAAUGAAGGUAAUAAUAGCUGUAAAGCUUGAGUGAGACAGCAUGACUUUUAGUCUAAGGCUAUAUAUGCGUAGGCCAUAAUAUUAUUAUCCACUGUUUUGAUUUUCUGAUUCACUAUUAUUUGUGAAAACACUCAAACAUACAAAUUUGAAUAAUAUUGAACUUGAUGAUUGUAUAGACUAGUUAAGAGCUUAGAAAACUUCAAAAUCCAAGGCUCUUCACUGAAAGAAUAUAUCAGACAUAAUAUUGCUAGCAUGUCUGUGAUAAGAGUGGUAAAAGCCAAAUAUGUGAUACAAAGUUAUUUUCUAAGGCAGAGGUCUUAAAAGUGCCAAAAUUAUGGCUGGGAAUCAGUUAUGCAAAUAUGAUAUUAAAGUGAGAGAUCCAUGUUCAUGUGGCAGUAGGAAUAAUAUUGAAGUGGAUAUUGAGGUGACAAACAGGAAUCAUGACAUAAUAUUGGAAAUGACAAAUGAUUACUUGUGGUAUCACAGUAGUGGAAGAGACUCAUGCUUUCAAUUUUUUUAUUUUUACAUAAUAUUAGGUCUUAAGGUGUGCAGCUUUACCAUAUGGAAACAGAUGAUACUCUCCCAUGGGCAAUAAUAAUAAGUGUUGCACAUUGUUUUGAGAAUAUACCACCCUAAAAUAAGGCUUUUACCUUGAUAGAUUGCAUGAAAUUAUAUUCUGAAUGUGAAAUAUUUUAAUAGUAAUUGCCAUAUUCUUAGUAGAAGUUAUUGUUGUAUAUAUUAAAAAGUAUCAUUAAUCACCAUAUAUAUGAUAAUUGUUUUCUGUACGGACACUAAUGUAAUUGCAUGUAUAUUUCUAUUCUCAGUCACUUCCUUAAGAGUAAUUUUUGUCAGUGUGCAUCAUUGAACAGUAUAGUGUUCAGUCAACAAUGUUCUCAAUUAUUACCAAAUACAUUUUUACUAGAUUUACCAACAUAAUCUUAACUGAUGUAUGUUUAUCAUACAUACUCACCAUGAUUCUUUGUGUAUAUUGUGAUGUUUUAUGCUAGUUUGUGUAUGUGACCUUGAUUUGUAUCACUUAAUGGUGUAUCUACUUUCCCUUUCUAGAUGUUUUUAUGUUCAGACUAGUGAAUAGCUGUGCAUUCAGUUGUAAGAAUGCAUCAGCCAACUAUCUCUGAACUAUGAGUUUAUAAACACACAAACUUGGGCACUUGUGGGUGUGGGUUCUCCAAGGGACCUUGCUUUUUAGUUCUGACAGCACAGAUCCCUCAAAUGUAAUAAUAUAGGUGGGGAAUUCCUCUAGGUAUUGCUUGAGUUCCUUAAAGUGAAACUGGCAAAACUGGCUGUAGAGAGAUGAAUACAGUAUGAAUUGUGUUACUGAGUUAUUGCUAUCUAAGAAGCUUUUCCUUAUGUAAUAAUAAUAAUCAUAUUUUGCACAAGUGAUCUGUAAUGCAUCAAAUCUUUCAGGAGAUCAAUUAUUUAGUCUUUUUGUAGUUCAGAGAAACACUUAUUCAAUUAGUUUUACAUUCACAUUUGAAUAAUAUAUUGGGCAUUGAUUAUUGAGAUUACUUUUUUUGUGAGAUGUAGAGAUGUAGCUGUUGUGCAGAAUUAGCAUUGAAACUGCUUUGGUUAGUGCAUAAAAGAAAGACAAAUUGGUGUCUAGGUUAGAGCAGGUUGACUUGCUGAGGGAUAUGGAAAAAACAUAUUCUCCAUUUGUGAUAUUUUGAGUUCAUUAUGAGGAAACUCACAUCACUCAUUUUAGUUAUCAAAUAACAGUUAAGAGUUUAGUUAUUAAGUGUAUGCUAUCCCUAAGUUUGAAAGUAUGUAAUCCCAAAAGACAUUCAUGUAGUAUUUAUUACACUAGAAGCAACAUGCACAUCAGAAAUUGUAUAUAGAUUACAUUAAUACAGAUUAUUUUUUCAGCCAAACAAUUUAUGCCAUAUUCUUGUCUCAGUAUUAUGUUCUAUGAUAAACUCGCUAUCAUUGACUUGUUUAAAGGUUCUUGUACCCUCAAACACUUGAUUAUUAGCUUAAAACUUCUCUCUGAAAGUAGAUUGCAGCUAAAUUAACUCUGGAAGAUUUUUUUUCUUUCUGCUGCAUGCAUACUCUCAAUAAUAAACAUUUUCAAUGCAGUAUAAAUUAACUUGUAUGUAUUAAUUAUGCAAGUAGUGUGUAAAUUAUUGUAAAAAGUUUAGAACACUUGAAAUAUGCUGUUCCUUCAACAAAUGGAAAUAAAUAUGCAAUUUAAAUGUACGUACAAUAUUAUAAUGGUUCAGUGUGUGUAAUGUGCUGGCUACCUUGCACUGUAGUGGGACUCUGAGAUUCAAAUAACGCUUGAUUUAUAAGAUGAUAAAUGUGUCCACUUUCAGAUAAAAUCUUUUUGGUGAAUUCCUUCAAAUAUUCAUCUCAGCCCCACAUGUAUUACAAGUAUGUGACAGAACCUGUCCAUUGUGUACGUACAAAACCAAAUUGUUCUAUUUAUCUACUUUUGAUAUGCACUUUUCUAUGUAUGAAAAAUAUUCUAAUAAAAUAAAACUUUGAUAUUUCAGGCGCUGUUCAUUGGUUGUGUCAUUGUGAUGUAUUCAACAUUACAAAUAGUGUAAUAAAUACUUUAAAUGUGCAAUAAAUUAAAUCUGAAGA